UCAGAGGAGAUGGAAGAGGCAAAUCGCUCCGUGGUGACUGAAUUCAUUCUCACAGGACUGACAGAUCAACCAGAGCUUCAGGUCCCUCUGUUUGCAUUGUUCCUACUGAUUUAUGUUAUCACUGUGGUAUGGAAUGGGGGGAUGGUCUUCUUAAUCACAAUUGACUCCCAACUCCACACCCCCAUGUACUUUUUCCUCCGGAGUUUGUCUUUCUUUGAUCUCUGCUAUUCCUCAGCCAUUGCCCCUAAGAUGCUGCAGAAUUUCUUAUCUGACAAGAAAAGCAUUUCCUACACUGCCUGUGCUGUGCAGAUGUUUUUCUGUAUCUUUCUUGCUGAUAGUGAGAGUUUCUUGCUGGCUGUGAUGGCGUACGACCGUUAUGUGGCUAUCCGUAAACCACUGCUCUAUACAGUCACCAUGUCCAGGCAGCGGUGUAGCCUGAUGGUAGCUGGGAUGUGUGUUGUGGGGUUCGUGGAUUCAGUGAUACACGUGUGUCUGACAUUCCAGCUGUCAUUCUGCCGCUCUCAUGUCAUCAAUCAUUUCUUCUGUGAUAUUCCCCCACUGCUGAUGCUCUCCUGCUCUGACACCCGCAUCAUUGAUAUUUUGCAGUUGGCUUCCAUGUUCUACGAUGUUGCGAUCAGUGUUGUGAUCAUUUUCCUCUCCUAUGUCUGUAUCAUUUACACCAUCCUGCAGACCCGCUCUGCCGGGGGUCGGCUCAAAGCCUUCUCCACCUGCGCUUCCCACUUGACUGCAGUGGGAUUGUUUUAUGGCUCCCUCCUCUUUAUGUAUUUCCGACCCACCUCCAGCUAUUCCAUGGACACAGACAAAAGAGCUUCAGUGUUUUACACACUGGUGAUCCCCAUGUUGAACCCCCUGAUCUACAGCCUGAGGAACAGGGAGGUGAAGGACGCCCUGAGGAAAGCCAUGAACAAACUCCUGUCCCAGUCCUGA